AUGAAAGUGGACAAAGAAGGGCAGUGGGAGGAAGGCAUUUGGUCUUGGAAGGUUCAGGAUUUGGUUAUCGAUGUCAUUGACUCUAAUAUUUGGGAAGAAUUUUUGUCAAUUCUGAACCAGGUUGUGAUUAUGCAGCAUUCGGAGGAUGAGUUUAGUUCGGUUUUGGAGGUUGACAAAUUGUUCUCUGCUCAUUCUUACAGCAAAAGCUUCAAGGUCGAUUCUGUGGCAAUUGUGUUACCGGAGGUAGAUAGAGGAGCUUUGUCGGCGAUGUGGAAAAUGAAAAUCCCAUCUAAUUUGAAACUAUUCAGAUGGAUAUACAUUUUGAAUAGGUUACCUACGAGAGAGAAAUUAGGCAAAAGGGAGAUUGUGGUGAAUGCUAACGAUAAAUGUUGUGCAUUUUGUUUUAGUGAGGAGGAGACCAAGCCUCAUCUGUUCAAAGAUUGUGUCAUUACCAAAAGGAUUUAG